AUGUCACAGGAGGGAAAUGAAACCAGAGCUUUUGUUGUAACUGAGUUUUUCAUCAUGGGUUUUCCUGGACUUCUGCCAAAAUACUACAGCCUGACAGCGGCACUUUUAUUCUGCAUCUACAUCGCUGUGAUCACCGGCAACUCUCUAGUUGUGGUUCUGUUUGUGAUUGAGCGCAGUCUCCACAAGCCCAUGUACAUUAUCAUGCUGAGUCUGUCUUUGUCUGAUAUCGGCUUUUGCACAGUUGCUUUGCCUAAAGUCAUUUCUCGCUAUUGGUUCAACGAUGGUUAUAUUUCCUUCUACGUUUGUCUGUUUCAAAGGCAGCUUAUUCAUUAUUUUGGUACCCUGAACUGUCUCAUUAUGAUGCUCAUGGCUCUAGAUCGGUACUUGGCGAUCUGUCACCCACUCAGAUACCCUGUUUUAAUGACAAACCGCUCUAUGGGACUAUUGAUAUGGUUUUCAUGGGUCACUGCAAUGAUUCUUCCAACAAUUACCUUAACACAAACACUGAAACUGCCGUUCUGUGGACCAAACAUAAUUGCUCAAUGCUUUUGUGAUAAUACGUCUAUAAAUCAGCUCGCCUGUGCUGAUGCCAGUAAUGCCAAUUUCAUUGCAUUUUGUUUAAUAAUGUUUGUGCUUCUUGUGCCAUUUGCUUUCAUCAUCUUUUCUUAUGCAAGUAUUCUGGUUUCUGUUCUUCAAAUAGCAAAUGCAAAAGGCCGACUGAAAGCCUUUUCUACUUGUGCUACACAGCUCACUAUCAUAAGCAUCUUUUUUGUGCCACGCUUUGUGGUUUUCUCCAGUAAUAACCUCCCGAACAGCAAUGAGAAGAUUGCGCUGGUCAUGUUUUACAGUCUGCUUCCACCACUGACAAACCCUUUCAUCUACUUCAUCAGGAUCAGAGAAAUCCGACAGGUCUUUCUCAAAUUCUGCACUCAGAGAAUCUUGAUUAACUUAAAGGGUUAA